AUGCACCAAAGGCCAAUGCCAAUAGCAAAACAAUAUCACAAUACCCUUAUAGCCAACCAUAAAAGCCAUAAACCCUAGUUUACUUAACACCAUGUCCAUCAUUCAAAGCUUGUUCACCCGCAAAACGAGCGAGCCCAUCACGAUCGAUGUAUGGGACCCUUUCGAGGCCUUCUCCUUCUCCGGUGUCCCCGUGGUUCCUCCCGCAUUCAGCAUGGCAAAUAUGGAUUGGAAAGAGACUCCCGAAGCGCACGUCUUCAUAACCGAUCUCCCGGGGAUGAAGAAAGAUGAGGUGAAGAUCGAGGUGGAGGAAGAGAAAGUUCUCAAGAUAAGUGGCCAGAGGACGAAAGGGAUCGAAGAUAAGGACAAUAAGUGGCACCGCGUUGAGCGGAGCACCGAGAAGUUCCUUCGGAAAGUGAAGCUACCGCCAAACACGACUGUGGAUGGCGCAAAGGCGGUGCUCGACAACGGAGUUCUCACGGUGACCGUGCCGAAGGAGAAUGAGAAGAAGGAUUAUGUCAAGCUUAUUCCUAUAUGAUCAGGCUAAAAACAUGCAGUACCUAUGAGCCAAAAGGAGGUUUAUGCAUAUAGUUUACUAUAAAGUGAAUAAUAUGGUAAUAUAUGCAGUUUCAUGUGUAGGGAUCUGGUGAAAUAGAUAAAAAUAAGCAUGCAUGCAAUAGGAGGCCUAAUUUGAUCACAUAGGAACUCUCUUUGAUCUUUGGAGAGAUGUACUAUUGAGCUGUAUUUGGUGACCAUCUAUGUUACUGAUAUAAUUACUUCCUAAUUUUUGCUUU